UCAUGAUAACUUAUUUUUGUUCGGUGUGACAUGUGCUGCGAAGCUUGACGCACGAUGUUCAUAUCCGUGGACGUCUGAAGGAGCUCCAUGGACCUUUGGGUGCAGAUUGACGCACGAGAUGCUGGCACCAUGGCAAGCGGCAAGCAUCUACGACAGAUAAAGACUGCGGGGUGCGGGCGUGGGCGACCGCGCAAUCAAUGUUCGCGUCACUUACGAGGGGGCGGGGCGACAAUGUUUACUUAUUAUUUACAUUCAAACAAGAUAGUACAUCAGUACAUUCCACUCCUUACGGACGACAGCAAUAAUUAUUAGAACAUUGACGUGCAUUUAAAGUGAAAACUAUGGUUGCAUAAAAGGAUUGUGAGUGCAAGUGACACAGUUUCCCCUGCUGACAGUUUGCUUUUUUGAACAGCUGUCAUCAGCUGAUGCGAGUAUGAAAUAAAAUGAAAUUUAGGUGUUCUCAAAUUAACAAGGAGCAAGUGAGGUUGCUUCUAUUCAAAGAGUGUGAUUGGCGUGGUAGAAAGCUCUUAUUUGAUUCGUCCAGUAUUGAUAAAGUACCAGCUGGGAAGAAUGACAAACCAAAUAUUAGAAAGGCUAGCGAUGCACCCUGUAUUGUGGAGGUGUCUGAAGGGUUUGCGUAUGUGUACAAGGGUCCGGCGGCUGAUGCCAAAGUGCUCGGUGAGAUGAUAUUCGGCGCUGUGGCUAUGAAUUGCAAGAGUGUUUCACUGAAGAUCCAUAUCAUGGACGAGCCCAGAAGGCUUAUGUGCACUAAGGUGUUCUGUGUACCAACCUCGCGUCGUAUCAGCCGCACAGAAAGAAAGACUGAAAGCAGCACAGCUAAAGUACGGAAUAGUUCGAUGCCAUUAAAUGUACCGCUACUCAAAGAAGAAGGCGUGUCGUUGAGUUUCUCCAUCGAUAGAGGGGAUUCAGGUUUUUAUGGGGAUCACUCCCCACGUAGCAGUGUCGACUCCACCUACGACUACGUUUCUAUGUUUGAUAUCUGGGACGGAAAUAACACGCAAGAAGAAUUCUACACCUUCUAUUCACCACCCGGCCGUAAAUUAAGUACAUCAAGCAAUGGUAGCUGGCAAAGACGGACGUUCCAGAACCUGGUGACGAGAUUCGACCUCGGGCAGGAGAGCUCCAACCUGCUGAAUGUACCAACCGCCACCAGCCAUGCGACUAGCAGCGAUUCACAGAUAUACAGCAGUAGUUCCGCGAGUGGCACCAGCGACAGCCUCGCGAGCGUCGGUUCGUCGACGGUGCAGAGGAAGAACAAGUUGGGACUAGCACUUCUGUUUACUGUCACAGACGCUACCGAGAUGGAUCUACUUCGUAGAUGCGCCGAGCACUCGCCGCAGUUGCAAGCACUAGUGUGCAGGCUACGGUUGGCAACACUGAACGCAGGCUCUGGUGGGGGCUUCGUGUCAACACUGCAUCGUGCUGCUAUUGAUGCUGCUAGGUGGUUAACAGAUCUAAUGCACGGGCCGCGUCUACAGCCCGUCUGGCUGAGUUUAGUGACGAGCGAUUCGCGCACCGCCAAUAAGACAGCCGAUACCCUAUUGUCUGAUCUCUGUUCGGUGCUGUCUAUGGCUGAUACUAAACACACUAAUUUUUUCAUCAGCACAUUAUUGACCCAUGUUCUGACAUACCAUCUCGGCUGGGUCACCACCGUCAGUCCUUACGAUACAGUCGACCUACAAACGCAAUUGUCACGGUCAUCUGAACCCCGAAGAUGUUACAACGCCUUAUGGGCUCAGCUAAACGAUCUUUGUGGCAGUAUAGGUUUCCCGCCACGGGCAGCUAGAACUAUUAUAAGUGGCACCACCAACUCUCAAUUUGUAAAAAGGCUGUUAAUAGUAUUAACUUACUUCGUGCGUUGUGGUGAUGUUAAAAGAAAUGAAUUCCAGUUUGAUAGUUGCGUGCUGGACGAAUGCAAAGUUGUUAGUGUAAAUGCUGAAAGUUUAGAUUCAACAAAGGAUACCAGUCAAGUUGACAAACUUGGAGAGAAUGUUUCCAAAGACAGUCUGAAAGUGCCGUCGGUGAAUACUCAGAAUAGUGAUAGUAGUGUCAGUACUCUAGUGGCUAGUCAGACCAGUAUCAAGCGGUCGUCCACUCUAGCCAACAUUGGUCAAAAGCUCUCUACUAGUUUAGACUUUGCUGCAGAAGACUGUAGUUCAACAAGUGUGAAAACGACAUCAGGUGUGUUACGAAGGAACCCUACGAUGCUAAUGUCGCUGCGGGCCUCCUCGGAUUCUAGUCUAAAUUCUUCUAAUCCAGAGGAACCUGAAGUAGAUGAGAAAGUAGUUUUUGUAUUGGGCGAAGAUGAACAGCUAGUGGGGCUUAAGAAUAAAUCGAGUGAUGGGAAGAGCGUUAAGAAGUCGUCAAAAGUACAUAAUGAACCAAUCAAUUUGGAAAUUGACGAAAAAGAGGAAGUUAAUGCCAAAGAUAGUUCUAAAUAUGAAAAGGAUACGGAGAGCCCAUCGAAGUGCUGCGGGCAAACGUUCCAAAAUUCCAAACCAAUUAAACAUUCCGGUUUUAAAUUCGAGUUCGAUAAGUACCCUCAAAUAGUCACUAAUUAUAUGAAGAGCAAAAAUUUAGAGAUAUUAGAUAGACACUAUAUCGGCAAACCGGGGAAUUUGAAGUUGGACAAUUUCCAGUUUGACCCAACAAUAGUACCUCCGAUUCAAGAGGAAAGAUGUGAGACUUGUUACAAAUGUCAGUUAAUGGAGUCGAUGCUACAGACGCCGACUAACGCGUCUGAAAUGGAGUACAUGAACGAUAUCCCACGACAGUCGGAGCCGCAGUUCGCUAAAGAGACGGUAGUAAAUGACGUUGAUACGCGGAGUGAGGUGCCGCCAGUGAAUUAUGUUAGAAAACGGGUAGAAAACACGCUAGUGGUGAACCCGGUAGACACGAAAAACGUAUGUGAAGAAAAACAAGAAGUAAAGAAGAUAACCAGAGUGAAAGAGAAAGAUAAAGUGUCAGAAGUGAAACGGGUUAUAGAGUUCCCAUUGCCGUCAGUGCGGUUACGAUCGCAGCCGGACCGAUCGAGGGCAGGGUUCGACGCUUCUCUACUUGGUGGAGUCACAGACCAUUAUGUACCUGAUUUAAUUUUACAAGGAACAAUCACAAAAUCAAACACGUGGGAGACAGAGUUACGGCGAGAUUUGGAUCUGACCGCGUACCUGAACAAAAUUAAAGAGUCACCGCUUCAAACUGUUGCUAUUAUAGGAGAUAUUAGUAAAUGGGAAGUCCGCGUCGUGGGACGGGAGUGCGGCACGGGCGGCAUGUCGUCGCUAGUGGGCGCCAUGUUGGAUGCGUUGCCUGCCAUGCACCGCGCCAGGGUGCCCGCGCAUCAGUGUCUAACAUUCUUGGAGGGGAAGCUACGAGAGUUCUGCGUUCUGUCGAAAACCCUAGCCGACAUGCUGAUGUCAACUGACUUUUGUGACAUUGCUACGCUCACGAAAUCAUUGAAUAUAGAUGUGAACGACGUCCCUCUGUUACUGGCUGUGGCCACCACUCAUACACCGCAGGUCGCCGCUCGAUACGGCGUCAGCUAUAGAUAACAAUACAGUAAUUAAUUAAAGCCUAUUUAAAAUAGUAUAAUCAAGUAGAAUCGAUUGUAUCAUUUCUCACUUAUAAUUCGGAGGGUCUACCAUGAAUUGUUUUCCGAAAUUUUGAGGCCGAACAUAAUACAUACCGUUUAAAAUAUAUUAAAAAUGUUAAAAUACGAACGAAAUAUUAAGCUCCGUUAUUAGGUCGAUUUCGCUAUGAAUAAAACACGAAAUUGAGUCAAAAAAUUCGGAAUUUCAUUUCAUGGUAGCCCCAGGUUUUUUAUAAAUCAACUGCACGCACCAUCUCACAAAUUUCAUUGGAUUCUAAGGAGUAAUUUUUUUCUACAUUUUGUAAAGAAAGAUAAUUAAUUCAAUUGUAUUAUAAUGCCAGAUGGGUAGUUAGAAGUAUUUGUCGAAUAUAACACUCAAUAUGACAAAGUUCCAUCGGUUUGGAGUGUGUACAAUUUGAAAUGAAAUCUGUCUGAUGAAACGUGUCACAAAAUCAAUUUAUUAUUAGCAAUGUUUCAAACAUUUACAAAAAGCAGAUAGUAUGUAUCGUCGGAACACCGCGAUUAUAUGGUUUUAAGAUGUAUAAAUAUUUACAUUAGUACAAAAUUUGUAGAAUGGUUACAUGUUACCCAUACCAGUGCAUGGUACAGUGGUAUUUAUUCUGAAUCAGAUUUUUGAAUAUCCGUAUAAAUAACGCAUGGCAUGUUCGGCGACGGUUACCACUUUUUCAUCAGGUGGGCCGUCAGCUUAUUUGCCAUUCUAAGUUGCAUAAAAAAUUUCAUAAACACCAUCGUAGUGCCGCUGGUGUAUGUUCGUUGGCUUCCAUAUUACUAAAAUAGAAAUCUUCCGUAACUAGUGCUGAAAGAAUCUAACGAUAGAUACGUUAUCGCUUCCGCAUUCAUAAGAUAGACCGAGACAACCAUAUCUGGCCUUUUGUUUCUCACGCAUACGCUAAUUCAAACGUAUCUGCCGGUAGAUUAGUUUGUUUUUUCGAAUAGAGGGGCAUGACAAUAUAAUACGUGCAACUGUUUACGUGAAAUUGAAUAUCCAAAUGUCCAAAUAUAUUCACAUUUUUUAAUAUUUAUAAUAUUAGUGAAAUAGUUUGGAUUUUUUUUGCAUGAUCUAGGUACAAUUGUAAUUUCGUUUGUCGAAAUGUUUAUAAUCAUCGGAAAAGUAUGGAUCUGUGAUUACUAAUUUGUAUGUUCGUGUGAUUUGCAGCAACUGAUUGUGAUAGCCUGCGAACUGUUUUGGUAUGCUGUUUUAUUGUAAUUAUUUAUAGUUUUAUAGUAUUUUAUGGCCUAAACAUUGUGAUAGUCAUUAUAAAACGAACAAUGGAGGGUUAGCUUAAUUUGUUAUGUGCCUAGAAUGUAAAUUUCCGUAUUCGAUUAGUGUUUAUACUUUUCUCUUUAAAUAUAAUUCAUAUUUAUUCAUUUUACUUAUACAAAUAGUACGUAUAUUAGCGGGAAAUACGUGUCCGAUUUUAUUAAAAAAAAACCCACGCGAAGCUGGGGCGGGUCGCUAGUCUUUUAUAUUUUUAUUUUUCUUGAAGCAACUUAAAAAAGUUCAUCUUUAAUGAUAUUUUGUUUUUAGCUUUAAUUGACCAAUUAAUGCUAAUUUUCCAUAUGCGAAGAGCAUACGGAAAAUUAGCAGUAAUUGGUUUAUUCAAAUGUACCUUUUAUCCUUUUUAGAUUGACACUAAACUUUGAUGCUUCUUAUGAUAUUUUUUUUAAAGAUAUUUGAGCAAUAUUUAAACAUCGAACUAGGAAUUAUACAAACUAGGCACGCUUUAUAAUAAUGUAUAAAAAUGUUAUUAUUUGUAUAAUAUAAAUAUAAAAUUUUUAGUCCCCAAUAUUUUAUAAUUGAAACCCACUACAUAUGUACCUCCUACAUUUGUUUCAACAAGUAUAAAAAGGUUAUAAGUAAUAAUUAUGUACAAUUC